AUGUCAAGAAAGCCAUGUUGUGUGGGAGAAGGGCUGAAGAAAGGAGCAUGGACCGCCGAAGAAGACAAGAAACUCAUCUCUUACAUCCAUGAACAUGGCGAAGGAGGCUGGCGUGACAUUCCCCAAAAAGCUGCGGAGAUAAGCAGCAGUGAUGAGACACCGAAAAAUGAUGGUUCCUUGAAAUCCAAGAAACGUUCUUUUAAGAGAUCAAGUUCUACAUCAAAGCUGUUAAACAAAGUUGCAUCUAGGGCUGCUUCCAUUGGAAAUAUCUUAUCAGCGUCCAUGGAAGGAACCUUGGUUAGCUCUACCGCACUGUCUCCAUGUCUCAAUGAUGACUUUUCCGAAGCUAGCCAAUUCCAGAUGGACGAAUAUGAUCCAUUCCCUCAGUCGUCUGAACACAUAACUGAUCAUAUGAAGGAGGACACCGGCAUGAUCUUUGAUCUCAACAACUCCGAAUAUGAUUUCUCGCAGUUUCUCGAGCAAUUUAGUAACGAAGGCGAAGAAACCGAGAACAUUGGGGGAUAUAAUCAAGAUCUCCUUUCGUCUGACGUCUCAUCACCAAGCGUUGAUGAAGACAAUAUGAUGGGAAACAUAACCGGUUCCGGUUGGUCCAGUUAUCUUGUUGACCAUUCCGAUUUUGUUUAUGACAAGAUCCAAGAUAACGACGACAGGAACUUCAUAUGA